CACGUGUAGCAAUUCACAUGUUGUCCCUCGCUGUAAAGUGAUGUUGGUGGAGAAAGGAGGAGGAUAGAAGUCCAUAAUUUUUUCUCAGGACAAUAGUGCGUACGAACAAAACGUCGGCUCACCGUCUUAUUAAGCAAUAAAGUAUAUGAAAAUACUUUUUCGCUUACGAGCAUCGCGUCAGGUUGUGUCAGUGGCGCUGGACACCAGCUUGUUGUGGUAACGUUACAGAUCCAGAAACGACCCAGCAUUAAGUGAUGCUGUCACCGGGGAGUCCUUCCAAAUGGCAAGUGCAAGAUUCCCUCUCCUUGACCCCCAGUCUCCUGUACAGCGAGAGUGACCAGACGGAGGAUGAACUAGAGGUUUUUUCCUCUGAGAGCGAGGCUGCAGGAAUUGUGGCUGAUCCAAACCCAUCCUCCGUGGCCAAUGGGAGCUCUCAAAAUUCAAAAUUGCCUCUCACCUUUGUGAACCAGAGGAGCGGUAGAGCUGAAAAUGGUCAGACCUCAACAUCAUCUGAAAGGAUUCCCACUGAGGGGAACCUGAGGUUUGCGCGCAAAUGUGCAGAGUUGCAUGGGUACAUCAGACCCCUGCUGGAGCUGUUGAAGGGGCUGAAAACGGGUCGAUAUGAUAAAGGUUUGAGCACAUUUCAACAGAGCGUUGCCAUUGAUAGACUGCGAAGGAUUGUGGGUGUUCUACAAAAACCUGACCUUGGGGAGAAGUAUAUGGGCACUCUUCUGCAGCUGGAGAUGAUGUUAAAGAUUUGGUUCCCUCAGGUGAGGCCUCAGUAUCGGGAUAGCACCCCUUCACUCCACAACCUGCCAUCACGCUGGAAUCAGGACCAGUUACAUAUUCCUGUCAAGAAACGCAGAUUAAGUUGGUCAGACUCUGACUCGCAAGGAUCUUCAAGCAGCAAACGCAUUCAUGAGGACGAUCGAGGGCCGAGCCCCAGCAAUAGCAGCUCAUGGCUCAGCAGCACCGAUACCAUGUCUAGCGAACUUGAAGAAGACAGUCCGAUCUGCAUAAAUCAAAAUAAUAUGACAUCUGAACUCAAUCUCUUUGAAAACAGCAAACUUCUAGUCAGGCAAAAGACAAGUUCUCUGACUGCAACAGGAAGAACAUCUCCGCUUGUAAUACCACCGUCAGCCACAGAUGGCAGCAGCUUGGGCAUGCAGGACUGUUCGGUGUCCUCUACAACUCCUAUUUCAGACCCACCAGUAGACACCAUUAGUAAGAAAGAUUUGGAUAAAUCUGUAAAAGAAGAAGGGCCAAAAAAACAAGUUGACGCGGAGAUGUUAAACACACAACAUUUUGAAGUUUCAAAUUUUUUAAAAGAAUGAAUGAAUGAAUUAAGCAUUUCUCCAGUCUGUUGAUAUUGGUAACUCAUUGUUUUUCACAAAGUGAAAUUUUUUGUUCAGUUAGUCAGAUUUUGCAUUCUGCCACAUAUAUGUACAGCACAGAAGAUUUGUGUAUAUACGGUAAUAGACUGAUGAAAGAAGUGUCUUAAAAUACACGCUCGAGCCGUACAGUCGAGCGGCGAAACAUGCACAGCUAUCAAACACUCUACUGCACUGCCUUCCUUGAUAAACACAGACUUCCAACAAAAUCUGCUGCUUUAUAAACCUAAAACCAGGAAGCCAGAUAUCAGCAGAAGAAUGGUCUUGUAAAACGUCCAGAAGUGUGACUGCGAUCGCAAUCUACCUUAAAGUCCUUUGACUUGAAUUGAAAACCACUUUGAGCAUCGGAUGAAAUAGAAAUGCAUUAUAUGAGAGGAUGUUUUAGAGGCAGUUUUAUUUAUUGCGUUAUUACUUGAAGAUACCGAAUUCACGUAAGCAGCCUUAAAGAGUCAGUGCAAGUGGGCCGUGGUCCAUUAUCAUAGCUCAAUGUUUUAUAUUUAUUAACAGACAGAGAAAAUAAUCCCGGGAACAACAGAUGGGAUGUGACGUAAAGUGUUAUUUUAUAAUCUGGAGAGUCAAUGGUAAUUUAUUGAAAAUGUUCUUGCCAAAAACAGUUUGCACAUUUAUGAUGUUCUGCUUCCAUGUUAUAAGAGUUCAUUUGGUCAUAGAAAUCUAGAGUAUUAUUAUAGGAAAUUGCACAGUAGUUUCCUUGUACUCACCUUUUUUAUUUUUUUUUUCCAUUUAAAAUUUGUGAAUUUCAGCAUUGUGACUUAUGUUACUAUUAACCAUUCUCUAAAACAAACUAAUGUUCAAAUUAAUGACGACAAGUAUGUGGUGUGUCACACUAAGGAAGACGAGACUCAUGUUUUAUUUAGCUAUUUGUAGAAUAUAUUCUAACAUUAGAGAUGCAGUAUUUGGUAGUCGCUUCAUGAGGAAUGAGAAGAACUUUAUUGGUAUGUUGACUGAGACGCAUGUAGUCACGUCCUUGUGCAGCUGUACGAGUAUCGUGUGAAAAAUACAUGCACUGUAAAAAGUGAUAAGUUGACUUAAAAUUGAGGAAACCCGUUGCCUUAAAAUUAAGUAAAUGAUAAUUAAAAAAAUAAGUUAAUUGAAUUGAAUUGUCAAGUUCACUUAACUUUAAAAAAAAAAAAAUUAUGUACUUAAUUUUAAGGCAAUGGGUUUCCUCAAUUUUUUUAGGUUAAGUCAACUUUCACUUAUACUUUUACAGUGUGUAAGUAUAUUGUUGGAAUUAUUAUAGAGAUUAUACGAUAAGGGAAAAGUGCAUAUGAAGAUGUGUUGUGAUUAAUAUUUAAUGGCACUUAACAGCUUCAUGUGAUUGUGAAGGUAGCAUUUUGAGGAAGUUUUUUUAUUAUUAUUUGUUUCAGAAAAGUCUGCCAUUGUAGCACUACUGUUAUUUUCUAUUCAUUAUUCAAAACCAUUUUCUCUUGUGAGUCAUUUCUGUUCCUGUAUCAAAGUUUUUGUCAAGUUUGCUGAAAUGUUUUUCAACAUGCUCCGCUUUUUUGAUAUCAUUAAAUGUUUCCAAGUUUCUUAUA